CCUAUCGUUUGAUUUCCGAUGGCCUCCAUGUUUUGCGACUAGCGAGGAAAAAAAAGCUGUGAAACACAAAGAAUCUGUUUAUUAGCAGAGUAAAUUCAAGGCAUCAGUAGUUUUCCAAAAUAUUGUUUGCUGAAUUGGAAAACCAUGUGGGGUGGCCCAAGAUUUGGCCCCAGAGGACCCCCUUUUCGUGGAAAUUUACAGGGUCCACGAUUUUCUGGGCAGUGGAGGGGAAACAGACAUGAUAACUCUGAAGGUCCAAUGCAUGAAUUUAGAGGAAGAGAUGAAAUGCAUCAUCAUCCUCGUAUGGGCUUCAGACCUGAUCGGCCUCCAGUGGAUUUUCAUAGAAGAGAUUUACCCCCUAACGAAAUGAGAGGAAGAGAAAUAGAACCAGUUGAUCCAAGGGGUAGGGAACCUAUGGACUUUAGAGGCAGAGAACCAAUAGAUGUUCAUGGGAGAUAUGACACACCGAUAGAAAUGAGAAAAAGAGAAGGACACCCCCCUGAUUUCAGGGGAAGAGGAAGGCACCACCAUGAUGUUGGAAGACAAGGGGAGCCUGUUGGUAUGCGUAGAUUUGAUAAUCCUCCAGAUCUAAGAGAGAGGCCACCAAAUGAUUUUAGAGGAAGAGAAGUUGUUCCUGUUGACAGAAGGCGCCUUCCAUUAGAUAUUUUGGGUAGAGAAGGACAUUCAUUAAAUAUGAGGGAGAGAGAAAUGGGUUUUGUAGACUCAAGAGAGAGACUGCCCAGGGAUGAUCAAGCAAUGAAUGAAUUUGGUCUGGAGUUUGAAGGGAAUGAUGGUGGUAAUUCGGAUUAUAGGAGAAGAAAUUUGCCUCCAGGUGACUUCAGAGAAGAGUAUGGUCCUGAUAUGGAUUUUAGGAAUAGAAAUAGGCCUCCAGUGGAUAUGAGGGAAAGAGAUGCAGGGUGGAAUGGGCCUUCUAAUGUAAGAGGUGGCAAAGCAAACAGCCGUAACUUUGGGGAACGAGAUCCAGCUUCUUUUGGUUAUAGAAACAGGGAGGACAAUGAUUGGCAGUCACCUGGAUAUAGAGAGAGAGAGUUCCCUGACAGUUCUCAUGAAAAUGCUGAAUUUAGACCAAAGGAAGGUAUUCUCGGUGAUUACCCAGAGGGUUCUGAAUUUCAAAGCAUGGCUGAAGAAGAUGGAACACCUUUUGAUUUUGCAGCUUCAGAUGAUGCAGUGACAGAUAGUGAUGGGUGGAAUAGACAGUGUGUGGAACCAGGUGCAUUUGGGGUUAGAGAAAUGCCAGGAAGUAGUUUUAAAGAUAAAACAGCCCAUCGAAUAGGACAAGAACAGCCGGGAUUGCAGAAUUUUAAAAACCAAGAAGUGUCGGAUGAACGUCUGCACCAAGGGGAGGGUGGAUGCUUUAGGGAUGGAGCACUGGAAAAAGACAGUGCACAGUCUGAAUUCAGAACAGCUAAAUCUCCCAUCUUUCAAGACUCAGUUAAUCCCCCAGGAGGACUCAAAACCUCUAAGCCCUCAGAAAUACAUUUGGAGACGGCUGAAAAGAGAGACGACGACUAUAUGGACCAGGAUUACAGGGACAUUGAUUAUCGUCUUGCUUCCAGUCAAGGCUAUGAGUAUGGCCAGCAAACUGUAAAUGAGCCUACUGACAAAACAUCUCGAUUUUCUGCCCCAGAUGAGGCUAAUCUUCAAGACCAAGACUAUCGAAGUGAUUCUGUUAAAGAGAAGCCCAACAACAUUCUUUGUAUCAAAGGAAUUCCAAAAUCUGCAUCAGAGGACCAGGUAUUGACAGCAUUGAGCUAUCCUAGUGGAGUGAGACCGUACGGUAUGAAGAUAUCAAGAAUUGUGCCAGGUUACAGCUACGAUACCGCCUUUGUGGAGUUUUUAAACCUUGAGGAUGCAGUCCGCUUCAUGGAGUCCAAACAGAAAACUUUAAAGAUUGGAGAGAAGAUGUUGUCUAUGUGCUAUGCGCAGCAGGACAUUAAACCCGAGGAUAUAUCAGAGGAUACUGCAUUACUACAGCGUCCAUUUCCAAAACCUGCGUUAUUGCAGACUCCACCCUUAAAACCAGCAUUAUUGCAGACUCCAGGGACAAAGCCGUCAUCUGGUAGUUGGACUCUUCCUAAGCUGGAUCCAGUUUUUCAAGACAGUCACACCAUGAUUAUCAAAAACCUUUGGUCUUCCACAACUGUAGAAACUAUUGUAAAGGCUUUAGAUCCAUUUGCAUACUUGGAGCCGGGAAACAUUCGUUUAAUAAAACCAAAACAAAGUGAAUGCACCAAAUGUUUCUGCUUUGUGGAUAUGGACUCUCAUGAGGAAGUAAGCCAUCUUGUGGAAACCUUACGAAACCUUCCUCAUCCAUUUACAAUUGAUCACAGUAGAGUUCGUGUUGAAAUAGCAAAGCCUUUGAAAAAACAGAGUUUAAGGAAGGAUUAUGAAAAAUCUCCAGGUCUUUCUGAAAUGGGGUAUCAUGACCCCAGUAAAGAGGCUCACCAUUCAGUGGUUCCUGCAGGUUCUAACCAAGUAGCUCCCAUAAUCACUGAAAUUGUCACUGUGUCCAAACCACCAGAGACUUAUGCAAAACAGAAUGUAGACAGCUCUUCUGAUCAAGCUUUAUCAAGCACGCAAAAGGGUGCAGAAGGUAGUACCUCUUCAGCAACUGGUCAGACACAGUCUAAGGAUGGAUAUUCUUAUGAUGUUCCAGAUGUGUCUACAUAUCUCUAUGAUUCCACAUCUGGCUUUUACUAUGACCCACAGACUACUCUUUACUAUGAUGCAAACUUGAGGUAUUACUACAAUGCCGACACCCAGCAAUAUCUAUAUUGGGACAGUGCCCAAAGAAACUACAUUCCAGUUCCUGAUUAUAAAACAGAGAAUCAGCCACCUACUUUCUACAGUGCUCCUCCUACAACUUCAUCUGCAAAAAAGCAGGAUAAAAAGAAUGAGAGCAGUGGUUCAGAAGGACAGACUGAUAAGAAGGAGGAUGAUCCAACAGGCAGAUCAGAAAAAAAAGAAGGGGAGAAAGAAAAAAAGGAAAAGGAUGAGAAACCUCGGAGCCUCACUGCUCAUAAGAUAGCAAAAGAUAUGGAGCGCUGGGCCAAAAUUCAGAAUCGACAAAAGGAGUGCAUUCGUGCUGCUUCUCCUGUUCUUCAGCCUCGUACACUUAGUGAAGAAAAGAAAAUAUCCAAGUCAGCUGAUGCAGCCUUUGCCAUAUUUGAGAAGAAGGGUUUAGCAGGAGAUGAUCUGUUUAAGAAGCCAUUUGCUCCACCAAAGAAGGAUGAAACUGCUUCAAAGAGACAGAUUGGUUCCUUGGGUGUGCUUAUUGCAGAGUAUGGUGGGGAUAGUGAUGAAGAGGAGGAUAAACAGGAAGAACAACGAGAGGAGAAGAAGCCAGAGAAAGAAGACAAACUAACAGACUGGAAAAAGAUGGCUUGUCUACUUUGUCGUCGUCAGUUUCCAAAUAAGGAUGCACUAAUCCGGCACCAGAAGCUUUCGGAGCUUCAUAAACAAAAUUUAGAAAUUCAUUACAAGAUCAGGAGGUCAGAGUUGGAACUUCAAGCCCUUGAAAGACAGGAACAAGAGAGAACAUUGAAAGGCAAAGGUGGAUCACCUGAAAGUAAACGGAGAAAGUAUCAGAGUUCCCUCGAUGGUGAAGGUGAAAGAGGGGGCCGGAUGCAAAGAUCAGGUGACAGCAAAGAGCCUCUGAAGAGGAAGAAAGGGCAAGACCAAGGAGGACGUGGAUCAUUAAGAACAGCUGAAUCGUAUCGUGAUGCUGUCAGAAAAGCUAUGUUUGCCCGUUAUAAAGAGCUUGAAUAACAGACAGAAUUGUUGAAUUGCAUUAGUCAAAAGUUAUAUGAAUCAGUGGCUGUCUGUAUGCUUAUUGUUCCAACAAUUGCCUGAAUCCUUCUGUGAACAUCAUCUGCCCGGGAUUAUUUCACUACAGUACCUUACUACAUAACGCAUAUGAAAUGCUUAUUUUGUGUUUUUAUUUAAUGUUCCCAGUUGUUGGAACAGCUAUCUUCACUGGCUCUGUAGAAGAAAGCCUUUAUUUUGUCAUGUUUUGAGCAUUCGGACCAAUUUUGAAAUAUUCAGGCCAGUGACUCAAAGGGUCAGGGUCCAGGUAAGAAAAACUGUGCAGCAGCAAUUCUACUAGUGUAUGUGUAGCUCAUUUUUUCUUUCUUUAAAUAAAUCAUCAAGAGUCAGAUUCCUGAUAUACCCAUUUGGCCGACUUAGCAGAGUUAAAUACACACAGGGAAAAAAAAACUGCUGAAUAUUAAAUGCAAAAUCUUACUGAAUUAAAUAUAUGUAGCACAGGUACUGUGAGUGCUUGUGCAGCUGUGUAUGUAAUAUAUAAACGUAACAAUCAGCCUGUAAAGGAGUGUCUAUGCAUUCCCUGCUGAGUUAAAAAAUCUGCAGUGCCCAAUGACGGAAAAGAUGAAUACACUUUUAUUGUGAACAUUGUUUGCAGAUUGCUUAUUUAGAUAUUUUGUUAUGUUAUAAUCAUCUCAUGAUACAGUACUUUUUCUGUUUUGGGAUACUGUUAGCUGCAGUCCAUGAUUGGUUGUCUUGUACACAUGAAUACAUCAUGUGUAGGUCUAGUGCUAAAGUACUGUAUGAAUAUGUAAUGCAGUAUAUGUAUAUAGUAAAUAAUUCUGUUUUGAAAUUAGUAAGAUGUGUAUAAAAGCUAUGUUUUUUUUUUUUUGUAUAUAAAACUGGUCAGUAAGCAGCUGUAAGUGGUAAGCAAUUCUGACGUCGGUAGACUGUCAUAUUAAACCUGGAGGAUGUAGAAUCGUGCCAUUUUAAACUAAUGUACAGAUGCCCUUAAAAAUGGUAUUAUGCAUCCUAAUUUGGCAUAUCAUUCUGGUCUCACAUAAAAAGCAUUGGAGUGUGUAGGAACGUUAGUUGUUCUGACAAUAUAUACCAAGUUGCUCCAGCUAAAUCCUGCCUGUGUUCGCAUCCCACACAGCCACUGCAGCCAUCCCUUCUCUCUCCUGCCGAGACUUGUAUUUAUAUGCCACUACCAGGUGAGAGUGACCCUUUCAUAUUGAAAUGUGUGCUGCUGGGUCAUUUUACUUAAGAAAAAAAGAAAAUGUUUGUAUAUUUUAUAACUUUUCCACUUGUACUGUAAGCUGUAGUGCUCACCAUCAUUUUUUUAAAUAAAUGAAUGCAAGUGUUGUUCAUUUUAAAAAAGAAAGCAGAAUCUCAA